GUCGAUAUUAUGCCAGAUCAUCCAGCUUACCCACCAGCCCGCGCGCUGUUCAACUUCUCCCCACAAUGGUUCCUCAUGCCCCAAGGCACCGGCAUCAUCUCGGUCAUCCUGCACCAACUGCACUACCAGUUCGGUGCAUUGCGUAUCCUAGCCAAGAUCGUCUGGAUAUAUACCAUUGUGCUCCUUGCCAUCACCCUCUUCCUGUACAUUCUGCGCCUCAUCCGCUACCCCAGAGAAGUCGGCUACGAACUCCGCCAUAACCUCAUCGAGACUUCCUGCCUCGCCAGCAUCGUCAUCACCUACACAACCAUCAUCCAGAUGGUCGCCCUGCAGUACGGCAGCACCCACGGCGUCGCAGUAGGCGUCUACGUCCUCUGGUGGAUCGCCGCCUUCCUCUCCACCCUCGCCGUCAUCGCCAUCCCCUACGUCCAACUCAAACUCCAACCCAGCGGCUUCGAGCGCGUCCCCCCGGCCAUUCUCCUUCCGGUCAUCGCCGCCCUCACCUGCGCCGCAGGCGGCGGCGCAAUCUGCACCUCCACCGCGCUCAGUCCCCGCCUCCAAGUCCCCCUCAUUAUCGUCGCAUACCUCCUCGUCGGCGCGGGUAUAUCCCUAUCCCUCGGCUUCGACGCCGUCAUCCUCUUCCAGCACUUCUCCGAUCAGCAGCCCCCUCCGCAAAAAGUAUGGCAGGAUAUGAUCCUCUGCGGGCCAUUCGGGCAGGGCGGCUUCGCGCUGCAGAUUCUGGGAGGUGCGGUGCAGAAGAGCUUCCCGGCGUAUGCGCGAGGGACGUUGCUGCGCGCGCAGGCGGCUGGCCCGAUUGCCGCGCUGGGGAAGAUUAUGGAUUCGCCUGCGUUUUAUGUGUGGUCGACGGCGCUACUGCUGAUGCUGGUGAUUAUUGCGAUUGUCAAUACGCUGUUUACUGUCAAGGGGAUCAUUACGGGGGAGGUGUUAGGAUUGGAGCAUGGGUGGAGGAAGGAAGCAUACCAAGAUGACAAGGAGGCUUAG